AAAAAAAAAAAGAAAGAAAGAUGGCGGCAAGUAUGCUGCGCCUACCGCUGCGGCUUUCCCUCAGGAAUAUGGGCAUUACGACCCGUAAUCCCAAAUCGAAAAUAUCAUGCUUGUUUAGGACGAAUCAAAGCAGGACCGUGGUAUCCACACAGUCAGGAGCAAUCCUCCCGAAACCCGAAAAAACUCCAUUCGGUCUCAUCAGGAUGACAGCAGUGGUGGUGCCUUUCCUUUAUGUGGGAACUCUGAUCAGCAAGAACUUUGCCGCUCUCCUGGAGGAGCACGACAUCUUUGUACCUGAAGAUGACGACGACGAUGAUUGAGUUAAAUUUGCGGCGUACUGAGAGGGUGCUUUGCGUAAGCAACCAGCUGGCACUAAAUGGAUGGGGCAGAUAAAGAACUUCAGCUUCUAGAAGACAUCCUUUACAUCCACCCAUCGUCCCUUUGAUAUUUAUCCUGUUUGUGAGAAAUCACAUGUCGUGUGAGGCUAGCAGAACUACCAGCCCUCACUCUUGUUUGCAUGUUGUGUCAGCUCCAAUAAACAGAAUCGUUUACAUGUGGAAAA